AUGGUAUGUACACCUAAUAAGUGUUCACCUGCUUCUGAAAAGUUUACAAAAAUGAAGGAAAAGUAUCUAAUAAAAAAGUGCAACCUGAAGGCUAUGUUGAAAUCCAAAGACCUGUGUGAGAUUGAGUCCCAAAGAAGCGGGCCGACCGAGGCAGAGCGCGGGGUAGUGCGUCUCCGUGACGCCAUGCCGGAGAAGAUAGCGACGUUCUGCAAGGCACACCUUUCCAGUCUUCUCCAUAUGGACGACCACAAACUCGACGAGAUAGUUCAAACCCACGUUACCGACCAUAACGCUAACAAGAAGAAUGCCACCACAAUACUCUCUAAGAAGAAAGAGCGCAGCGCUAGCUCGACCGCGUUAUCGAAGGAAUUGGUGUACGCCAUGAGUAAGUUUGUGGACUACCUCUCCCAAUCAGAAAACCUCAAGACCGAGGGCAUCUUCCGCAAGACUGGCAACGUGGCCCGCCAAAGACUUCUCAAGGGUUUGGUUCUUGGAAAUACUGGUGACUUCAACCUGAACGAUAACACGUUCUCCCCCCACGACGUGGCCACCGUCCUCAAGCAGAUCCUCUCUGAGAUGCCCGACCCUCUGCUCACUCACAAACAUUACGAGGCUCACCUCAAAAUAGCUGACAUGACCAAGUUGUGUGUUUCGGAGCAACAGAAAAAGCACGCACUGGAGAAGCAAAUCAAGUCCCUUCAGAUGCUGAUGUUGCUGCUGCCCCAGGAAAACGCCGCAUUCCUCGAGACCCUCCUAAAGCUGCUGCACCGCACCGCAAGCUGCCCAGAGAACAAGAUGACCGCCACAUCCCUCGGUGUCGUAUUCGCACCUAGCAUCGUCUGUCCCCGAAAGCUUUCCGCCGAGGGCCUUCAGAGCGCCUCUGGAACCCUGAGCAACGCCGUCACGCUGAUGAUCGAGAAUACGGAUUCAAUCUUCAAAGUCCCCCGCGAGAUUGCAGCCGACGUAGCUAACUUCUGGCAGGAGAGGGAGAACCCGAGCAUGGAGCUGCUCGCCGCUCAGGACUGCAACGAGGAGGACCGCGCAAAUAUACAGAAGGCGAAGAACCGCAGCUCGAGCGCCGUGAACACCGUCUACAUGUUCGCGGAGAGAAAGUCGCCUGAGGAGUACAAAUGCGCACAGGACACAAAGACUGUCCUGUCUCAGCUGAUUGCCCAUGUCCAUUCUGCAAAGAAACUCCUUAAACCUUUAAACCGUGUCGGCAAUGUGCAAAAGAGCAACAAGAAGGGAAACCAUUCGCGCAGUAGGUCCUUCGGCGAAUCAAUAAAGAAGCACCUCCCCCUGCUGUCGAAUGUCAAGUUACAUAACCUGCGCGACGACGAAGAAUUGAAGUUAAGCGUGACUUCCCCUGUCAUCACCGAAAACAGCGUCGCCAACAUCACAUACUUAAAUACCCCAUACAAUAAAUACACACCCGUCCUGCGUCACAGUCAAGCUGUCCACAUCGUCGACCUUGGUGCAUCUACAUGA